AUGCCAAUAAAUGCAGGGAGUGAACAAGCCCCUUCUCCAAUGGCUGGUCAAAAUGACUCGUCAAGUGUUGCAACGAAUGGAGGGGGCAACAGCUUAUUCAGGCAGGCAAAUUCACCCGUCUUCACGACUAAGACUUUUCAGAAACUCGAGGAUGAUAUAAAACUGGUAGGAAAGAACAUAUUAUACCAUGAAGAAAAUAUCAAGUAUUUGAACAAAGUUAGAGGCAGCUUUGGCCACAAGAUUGCGGAUAUGGAAGUUACUCUUGCCAAUCAUCAAUCCUCAAGCAAAGAUAUGACCAAAUGCAACGUUCUUUCCCAAAAAAGGAGCUUGGACGAAACAGUUGAACGUAUCAUGCAACACAAGAAUUCAGCUGCCAGUGUUCUCUGUCAUCUAACACGAAAUGUUUCUAAAAUGUCAUCCGCCAGGAAUGUCAUUGGUGUUCUUGCCACUCUUGGGCAUGUUGACAACAUUAACCUCAGCAGGCUUCUCUCAGAGUACUUGGGACUGGAUAUCAUGUUGGCAAUAGUUUGUAAGUCAUAUCAAGGUGUUCGUUGCCUGGAGACAUAUGACCAAGAAGGCUCUAUAAAUAAAACAGCAGGUCUUUAUCGGCUUGGAGCUUGCCAUGGGAAAUUUAUUGAUGGACGAUUUAAUGUGAUCUGUCUUCAACAUCUGAUACCAUAUGUUGGUGAGUUUAUGCCUGAUGAUCCACAAAGGAGGCUUGUUAUUUUGGAACCAAAGUUACCAAAUGGUGAAUCACCAGCAGGGUUUCUCGGGUUUGCUGUGAAUAUGAUCUAUAUUGAUAACGAGAAUCUAGAUUUCGUUACAGACAAUGGGUAUGGGCUUAGAGAGACUCUUUUCUAUUAUCUCUUCUCGAGGCUGCAAGUGUACAGAACCAGGAACGAUAUGCUGCAGGCCCUCCCUUUAAUAUCUCAUGGAGCCAUAUCUUUGGAUGGUGGGAUUAUUAAGAAGAGUGGUGUGUUUAUCCUCGGGACUCAGGAAGAUAUAGGUGUCAGUUUUGGAAUAUGGUCCGGAGAUUCUUUUCCAUCAAAAGAAUACACUGAGAUUGAGAAAGAGAUGAAGGAAUUAAAAUGGAAAAGUGACAGAAUUAACGAUGAUAUCCAGAGAGAGCAGGCUCUUUUGGCCACUGAAAAGUCCAAAUUCGAGGUCAAGAAGAAAGAAUUUCUCAAUUUCAUAUCACAAAGGUUGAUUGAUCCAAUGCAGCACCCAGUUCAAGCAACACAUGAAGGGGCGACCACACCUAAACAUGGUCUUUCAAAGACCAUUAUAGAAAUAGAUUAG